GGGAAAGACCCUCGACCCUCUGUUAAUUCCUCUGCUUAUAACAUUUCUUAUUGUCCGUGGUGAUAUUCACCAGCAUAAUCACGAUUAUAAACACGGUACAUACAAGAAAGCAAACCCUAUGAUCCAUAUAAUUUGCACUGAUGGUGAACUCAUUUGCUCUCCCUCCGCCCCCCCAAACCCUGAUACUUCUACUCAAGCUCAGUAACCCAUCUCCACUGAUACGGCCAUGACCCUCCUCACUGCAGUGCGCUCCCCCGCCGUCACGUUUUGCCAGACGGGCGUGUCCCUGCUGCUCUCUGCUGUGGCCCUGCUCUCCUCCUACUGGUGCGUGGGCAAGCAGAAGAUGCCCAAGCCGCUGUGCUCACCACUGAAGACCAGAGGCUGCAUCCCCGUGCCUGGCAUGUCGUCCAACUCAAGCUCCGCCCAGUUCUCUUGGGAAACGGGCGACGACCGCUUUGUGUUUCCUUCCUUCCAUUCCGGCCUGUGGACCAACUGCCAGGAGAACAUCUACCUGGAUCAAUGGGAACCGGGGGAAAAGUGCCGUAGCUUUAUGGAGAUCACGCCUCAGUCUGAGAAAGGACUGCUGGGUAUGGUGGGUCACAUGAUGUUCAUGCAGGUCUUCCAGGCCGCAGCUUCCAUGGGGCCAGAGGAUUUCAAGCCCCACAGUUACGGCUACUCCUGGGCUUUCUACGUGGCCUGGGUCGCCUUCUCUCUAUGCAUGUCGUCAGGCGUCUGCACACUCAACAGCUACACCAAGAGCGUGCUGAUGCGCAGGCGCUCAUGCGCAGCUGAACAGCCUGCCAAGCAGCCCCCGGCCCCUUUCUUCUACCCGCCUCCCCCCCUGCCCAUCCCACCUCUCUCACCCUUAUCCCCAUACUACAGUCCCACAGCUGAGUCGCCUCCCCCACCCCCCCCACUAGCUGCCCCCCCUCCUCCCUGCUACCCGACAUCUGCACCGUAUCCGUCUCUCUCCCUGUCCCGCUCCAACCUCGCCUACAUUCCACGGUGUCCAGAUGACAGUGACUCACUCUGA